AUGGAUACUGAAACAGCUUGCUUGGAUUUAAGAGAACCCGGUGUAAUAGAUGAAAAAAUGGUUAAUAAUGCAAUUAUUGAACAGGGGCCUAAGGGAGAAGAAGGCAGAUUAUUUAAACAACAAGGAAUUGUUUAUGAGGAAGUAGCUCAAUUACGUUUAGAAUACCUAGAUAUUUUGAAAAUUGAUCAUCUCUGGAUGCUAACGGGACUUACAAAAUUACAACUUUGUAACAAUCGUAUAGAAAAAAUUGAAAAUUUACAUUUUUUGGUGAAUCUUGUAGAAUUGGAUCUUUCUUUUAAUUUCAUUGAAACAAUAGAAAAUUUAGAUUCUCUUAACAAAUUGGAAAUUUUAACGUUUUUUCAAAAUAAUAUUAGUGAAUUGAAAAAUUUAGAUACUUUGACCAAUCUUACUAUAUUAAGCGUUGGAAAUAAUAAUAUAGGAGAUCGAAAUAGCGUUUUGUAUUUAAGAAGAUUUGAAAAUUUAAAAUCGUUAAAUUUAGCAGGAAAUCCAGUAAGUAAAGGAGAUAAUUUUGUCAAAUUUAUAAUGGCGUACCUCCCUCAAUUAAAUUAUUACGAAUAUCGUUUAAUUUUAUACGAGGAAAGAGAAGAUGCAAGAGAAUUUUUUGGAAACAAUCUUCUUAAGCUUGAGAGAGAAGAAAGCGAAACGAAAGCAAUUUUUAAGAAAAAAAAAAGAGAGGAAGAACAAGAAAUAUUAAAUAGUGAAGCAUUUGUAGAAUAUAUUGGAAAUAAUCAUUUCUUUAAGUCUUUAUUCGAGAAUGAUACAGACUGUCAAGCCCUUCUUCAAAUGGGGGACUUUUCCUCUGGUUUUUACGAAGAAUAUCAAAAAAAUUUUGAAGAAAUUGCCAACGAAUUGGUGGCUUUAGGCCUUCAACAAUUAGAGUUGAGAAAAGAAGAAAUUGCAAGAUUUGAAAAGCAUGUUGGAGAUGCAAAAAGAAGACUAUACGAAGAAUCGAGAAAAAUCAUUGAAAAUUUUAUCGAACAAAAAAAUUCAAUUUUUGAACAGUUAAAAGAGGUAUUGAACAAUGAGGAUGAUGAAGAUGAUGUUGCUAAUGAAACAUCAGUAAGCAUACAACUUCUUAAUGAAAAUUUUAAAGAUCUUUGUCACAAAACAUGGACCGUUUUAAUGAGUAAAGAAUUAAAUUUGUUUGAAAGAACUGAGGAUGUCAAUGGAACUUACGAAAGGUCUUUAACCGAAUUGGUAAAUUCUUUUGUGGAAGGAUCGCAAAGUCUAUUCACACAAAUACGUCAAUUACAAAAUACUUUUAAUGAAAAUUUGACGGAUGCUGCAAAUAAAUUUUUCACAAAUUACACCGUAGCCAGUGCAACAAAAUUGGGAAACGAAUUUAAAAAUAUUUCUGAUAAUUUGGCUUAUCUUUUGCAAGAUAAAGAAGUUUUAGUGAAUGCAUUGUCUGCCUCACACGAUUAUCAUUUGCUAUUAAUUGAUCAAAGAGAAGAUAAAUUAAUAACGGGUGUCAGGACGUGGCUCGCCAACUUAUUAGAAAAUUUAGUCAAUUCGGAAAUUAAUCGUCACAGAAGAUCUAUUAUGGAAAUAAAUCAUUUCUUAGAUAUACAAAAAGCCGAACUUCACAGUUUGUUAAUGACUCCGAUGGGUUUGAAUUUGUUACCGAAAGAUAUCCAAGAUGCUCUUCAAAUGUAA